CCUCCUCCACCGGUCUAAAUAGGUCGUGACGUUCCAUUUCCAAAAGAUCUUUGUCGCUUUUUAGAGCUCUUUUGGCUCUGCAUGCUAAAAUGUGCUAUGUAUAUAAAGUGCAUAAAGGCUCAAUGUUUUAACGCUAUUGCUGUUUGCAAUCAAUAGGCCAGCGCAUAGAUCACAAUGUAGUCAAUUUCUUCAUAACAGAUAACACCACUGCCAAAAUAUGAUAUAUCAUUUUCAAUACUGCACCUAGUUAGUCAUGCUUAUCACAAAUUGCAGCCACUCAGCCAACAUUCAUCGGAUGAUGUGGUUGUUUGACAAGGUCUUUUUGUAUGUUUACUGCAUUAUCAGGACCAUGAAAAAGUAACCGCAUCGUUGCUCCGGAUGAUGGUUGUUCCAAAUAGGGAAAGUUGGUCACAUUUGAAUUUCAAAGAUCGCGUCGCGUCGCGCUCACGGAGCCACAAAAAAAAAAAGAACAGAUCCACUGCUGCAGCUUUUCCUUUUCGCUCAUCACCCGAUCGUCUGCUUUUCGUAUUCAUGGAUACACAGGAUCUACCUCAACGAUUCGCUCAUACAGAAGGCUUCACUACGGUUGCUUACACAUUCGACGGAAGUGAACUUAUUACGGCCGGUAAUGAUUCACUCGUUCGCAUUUUCAAAACUUCCCAUGCAGAACGGAAUUCCGAUGCUCUGGUGCUUGACAAGCAUUCAGAGGCAGUUCUUUGUAUCGCCGUCAACAAAGACAGCUUUGUGACGGCCGGAGCAGAUGGCAUUGUAGCCCUCUUUCACAGUAAUUCCAAAGAGUUUCAGAAAUACUUGGUUCGCAGCACCUCACCUGUACGCAGCAUAUCUUACAACCACAAUGGAUCCAAGAUGGCCAUUGCUACCGAUGAGGAUGUCAUUCGCGUUGUCUUGAUCCAUGAUAUUUCUCGUGUCGUGAACAUGAGAGGACAUACUCGCUUUGUAAAGAGCGUUGCUUUCGAUCCGUCCGGCGAUUAUUUGGUUUCUUCUGGCUGUGAAGGCGACGUGCGUGUGUGGGACGCCAACCCUAUCGACGGUGAACCGACCUGCUUACAAGUGUUGAAGAAUGUCACACGAGCCACCCUGUCCGAUUCUAAUCUGUUAAGCACCGUGGCUUGGCGGCCAGAUGGUGCCUAUUUUGCUGUGCCCGGCAAAAAUAAUGAUAUCUGUGUGUACCGAAGAACGUUGUGGACCUUGGCUUAUACAUUAGAGAAGGCCCAUGUGGAUGAUGUAAUUACAGUGGCAUGGUCCCCGAAUGGACGAUACCUCGCAUCCACGGCCAUGGAUAAUCAAGUGAUUAUAUGGGAUACUUCCAAAAAAUCGGUGGUGAAAAAAUUCACAAGCUCCAUCCAAGUAUCUGGAAUAUCAUGGCAUCCUACCGAGAAUGAAUUGGCAUUUACCGAUCUGUAUGGUCAAUUGACGGUAUGGGACCGCGUGAUUGAUAUCAGCGACAAUCAUCCGCAUCCCGCUCAUCGACGCCCACGUAUCACGGAAACCCAAUUAGAUAAAUUAUUCGAGGAGGAUGAAGACGAUAUUGCGAUGGAUAAUGGUCGAGCCGGAGAACGCGAAGCGGACGGAGAUGUGGAUAUGUCCUUGCUGGAUACCCUGGACGAUUUCGUGAGUGAUGAUGACGGCGCUGGAUACGCGGAAACCACUGACCAUGCUCAGCCACGUCCCCGACCCGCGGGUCGCUUACUUCACGAGCCGAGCUAUGCCAUCCAAAAGCCGCGAUCGUUCCAACCUAACGCUACGCCGUAUCCCAACAUGGAUGCUUCGGAUGCGACAAGACCUCGUGAGGGCGAACGUCGGUAUCUCGCAUUCAACCUGAUCGGUGUCAUUUAUACCAUUUUCCAAGGCUCGCAUUCCAUUGUAAACGUGGAAUUUCAUGAUCAGUCACAGAAUCGAAAUUUUCAUUUUACCGACUAUCAUCACUACAGUCUUGCCGCCGUAGGGGAAAAGGGCGCGGUGUUUGCAGUGGAAGGACACGAAAAACCGACUUCGGAACGUCGCAACCGAAAUGAAGAUGGUGAUGAGGACGACGACGAAGAGGAAGAGGAAGAGGAAGAGGAAGAAGCUCAAGGAGUGUCCUCUGCACUGUAUUUCCGACCACUGAAUCAUUGGGCCAACAAUGCCGAGUGGACUGUCCAUAUGCCGCUCGGCGAAGAUAUUCAAAAUGUGGCCAUCAACCGCGUUUCAGUCAUUGUGGUGACAACGGCAGGCUUGGUUCGCAUUUUCUCAUUGUCAGGCGUUCAAAUUCACUUGUUCCGCCUUGCAGAUGUGGUGACGGUCACUGCAGCCGCCGAUUUAGCCAUGUUCGUUUACGCUACAGGACCUUGUUUCAAAGGUCAUCAGUAUCUGAAAUUCAUGCUCAUGAAUACAGAUUCGUUGGAUAUUCUGCAAAAAGAUUCGCUCCCCAUUCCAGAAAAUACUGAAAUUACUUGGGCAGGAUUUUCAGAAACCACGCAACCGGCCUUUUUCGAUUCCAAAGGUGUACUUUCGGUCCUUCAUCGUCAGCGACGGCCGGGUCAAGCGGCUUGGAUUCCCAUUUUCGACGGUCCAGCCGCUGCCGCCGCCAAGGAUCGAAAGGAACGGUAUUGGCCCAUUGGCUUAUUACGAGAUCGAUUCAUGUGUCUUGUAUUAAGGGCACAACACGAGUAUCCCUCGUUUCCUCGACCUGCGGUGAGCGAAGUGGAACUGCGCAUGCCGACGGUUUCGUUUGAGAGUGAGGUCGGACAAUUGGAAGAACGAUACUUGCGUACCAACAUAAUGUCCCUGCAUGAGCGUGACGAAGCCGCGGCCACAAACACCGAAGAUGAAUUCUAUGUAGAAUUCAAUAAAGCCGACGUAGAAAUGGAUAAAGCUUUAUUGCAACUGAUUCAGCUUGCAUGCAAAGCCGAUAAGACGCAACGAGCUUUGGAUCUUGUGGCGACGCUUCACAUGACCCGAUCGAUUGAUGCGGCUAUCAAGAUUGCUUCUUUCCAUCGAUUAACGAGCUUGGCAGAAAAAAUCACGCGUGUCAAGGAAGACAAAUUUAUGGGGGGCGGCGAAACCGUCAGACGCGGUACGAGCUUGGCAGAAAGCCAAGAACCGUAUCAAAGAAUAUUCACCUCGUCUCAGCUGUCCAUGUCGAGUGAUUUGGCAUUUGUCGACCGCACACCGGAGCCCGGUCGUGCUAACCGCAAACGAGACAUGGUCGAACCGGAAGACGAAGAAAUGACCCAAUCGUCAGAUAUGCUUCUUUCUCCGCUACCGAAACGCACGCGGCCCGAAUACAGUUCGGCUAGUUCAUUUUAAAAGAGCGUUUUAUCAACUGCUCUCACUUGUACAUAGAUUUUUAAAAUAAACAACAUUUGGAAAAGGAAA